UGGAAGGUGGAAUGGAGCACCCCCAUCCUUACUCGCCGGCGGACCUGCGCCUCCCCGGCUUUGUGCCUCUCCAGCUUUCCCAGAUGGAAAUCCUCCUCCCCUACCUCAUCAUCUCCAUUGUGAUCAUCGUCGCCGUCUGGCUCAUCUCCGGAAUGUAUGGAGGCAGGCUAUCCAAGACCGACCGCUGGCUCAUGUGCUGGUUUGUCUACACCGGUCUCACCCACAUAAUCACCGAGGGAGCCUUCGUCUUCUCCCCUAGGUUUUUCAGCAAUCAGAACCCCUCUUUCUUCGAUGAACUCUGGAAGGAGUUCGGCAAAGGCGACUCCAGAUGUGUCGCCAGAGACCCUGCAGCUGUUACAGUUUCAGGAAUCAAUGUGUUGUUGGCUGGUCCUGCAUCACUCCUUGCUGUCUAUGCCAUCGCAUCCCAAAAGGCCUACAGCCAUACCAUCCAGUUCACUGUUUCUCUCUGUGAGCUCUACGGGAUGUUGGUCUACUACGCCACAGCAUACCUGGAUGGCUUCAACUUCUGGGUUAGUCCGUUCUACUUCUGGGCUUAUUUCGUUGGCGCAAACAGUUCGUGGGUUGUGAUGCCAACUCUCGUUACCCUAAGGAGCUUUAAGAAGAUUUAUGCAGCGUUUCAAGUUGAAAAGAUGAAGACUACAUAGGCAUAUGGUUGUGCCACAGCUUGGCUGGAAUUAAUACACAUUUGUAGUACUGUGGACGACAUCAUUAGUUUGUUCCUCCUGUUGAAACCCUUGUAUUACUGAAAAGCUGCAUCCUACUGCCUCUGUUUUAUAAUGAAAGAUAUUGGACUUAUUU